AUGAAGAUUAAUGGAAAAGACAUUGCCACUAGGGGAGCACUUGAAAACCAAGUGGGACUGGUGGAAUGUGCGGUGCUUUCUUGCACAGGCGCUACUGCACACAGCAUCAGGCGUCGGGCUCUGUUGCAGUUCAAUAAUGUAAUCAAGUGCAUCAUCCCUGGGAGUCAUCCCUUCAAAGAUUACAGCAACUAUGGCUGCUACUGUGGCUUUGGAGGCUCAAACACUCCAGUGGAUGAGUUAGAUAGGUGCUGUCAGACUCACGACUACUGCUAUGAUCGGGCCAAGGAGCUGAAAAGCUGCGGAUUCCUAGACAACCCCUACAUCGCCUUCUACUCGUACUCCUGCUCCAGGAAUGAGAUCAUCUGCAGUGACAAGAACAAUGCCUGUAACGCCUUCAUCUGCAACUGUGACAAACAAGCAGCCAUCUGCUUCUCCAAUGCCCCAUACAACAAGAAGAAUAAAGGCAUUCACUGUUAGACUUGUCUCCUCAGUUACUGCCUACACCACCCCUGCCUGCCUGGUUGUGUUCACCAUACACUGUACCCUCUAAUAAAGCAUGUAUUUAAAGAGCUGG